AUGUUGGUGUGUUUGUCACCUGACAAGAAAAGUAAGACAGAAGUGUCCACAGAGGGGGCAGCAGAGGAAAAAAGUGACUUUUUUAAUUCUUUUACAACCGUAUUGCACAAACAGAGAAAUAAGCCUCAGCAAACUCUUCAGGAAGACCUGCCAACAGUCGUUGAACCUUUAUUGGAAAUCACCAAACAGGAACCACCAAAACCUUUAAGAUUCCUUCCUGGGGUCUUGAUUGGCUGGGAAAAUCAACCUUCUACUCUGGAAUUGGCAAAUAAACCUCUUCCUGUGGAUGAUAUCCUUCAGAGCCUCUUGGGCACCACUGGUCAAACAUACGAACAAGCUCAGUUAGGGACAGAACAAAACACUCUUAAGGAAAUUCCAUUUAUAAAUGAGCAAGCUAAUCCAAAAGCAGGGACGAUAGAUACAGGAGAAGCAACUGGUGGUGAAGCCAAGGAAGUGAAAGUUAAAGGAGAUAACCCUUCAGAAUUGACAGAUAAUGCAGUAGGAGGAGAAGAGACGUCUGCACUGGGGGGUUCUUCAGUUUCUGCUGGGCCUUUGACAGGGCUUAGUCUCAGAGGCAAACCACCAGAUGUUUCUACAGAAGCAUUCCUAACAAAUUUAUCAAUUCAGUCAAAACAAGAGGACACUGUGGAGAGUAAAGAGAGAGUGUUAAAACAGCUGCUGCAAGAUCAAGAGAAUAAUUUGCAAGAUAACAGGACUUCAAAUACUAGUCCUCCCUGUAGGUCUAAUGUAGGGAGAGGAAACAUAGAUGGUAACGUGAGUUGCAGUGAAAAUGCUGUUACUAACACGACAAGGGCCCCACAGUUUAUCAACCUGAAAAGGGAUCCUCGGCAAGCAGCUGGAAGAAGUCAGCAGGUGACUGCUCCUGAAAACAGAGAAGGAGAAGGCUGCCGUCAGGGAGAGAAGCCGCCGCUGCCUGGCCCAUCGCACUUAGCUGAGCAGAGCAGCGUGGAGGAGAAGAUGCCUUCUGUAGAGAAAAGCCCCUGUGUUCAGCAGAGUGAUGAUUCAGGGGCUGUACAAGACUCACCAUCAGUAGAAAACAUACAGUUUUCUCAAGUGGAACAAGCAAAACCCUUACAGGAAAUUUUAAUGCAAAAUAUUGAAACUGUACACCCAUUUCGAAGAGGAUCAGCAGCAACAGCAUCUCAUUUUGAGGUUGGAAAUACAUCCCAAUCCGAAUUUCCUUCUAAAAGCAUCAGUUUCACUUCCAGAAGCACCAGCCCCAGAACAAGUGCAAACUUUUCACCCAUAAGGCCGCAGCAGCCCAGCCUUCAGCAUCUCAAGUCUUGCCCACCUGGGUUUCCAUUUCCAGGACCUCCUAAUUUCCCCCCACAAAGCAUGUUUGGAUUUCCUCCACAUUUGCCACCCCCAUUACUUCCCCCUCCAGGCUUUGGCUUUGCCCCAAAUCCCUUGGUUCCCUGGCCACCUGUUGUCCAUCUGACCGGCCAGCCCCAGCAUAUGAUGGGUCCCCUCUCACAAGUGUCAAGGUAUUUGGGCCCACAGAAUUUUUACCAAGUUAAAGACAUUCGGAGGCCGGAACGGCGCCAUAGUGACCCUUGGGGUAGGCAAGACCAGCAGCAACUGGAUAGACCAUUUAACAGGGGUAAGGGGGAUCGUCAGAGGUUUUACAGUGACUCACACCACCUGAGAAGAGAGCGCCAUGAGAAGGAGUGGGAGCAGGAACCCGAAAGGCACAGGCGCAGAGACAGAGCCCAGGACAAGGACAGGAGGAAGGGCAGGGACGAGGGGCAUAAGGAUAAAGAGCGGGCGCGGCUGCCUCAUGGGGAGCGCAGGGUGGACAGCAGGGCGAGCAGGGAGAGCAGGAGUGCAGACAGGAAGCCCGACAAGCCGAAGGGCGAGGACCAGGAGAAGGACAAGGAGCGGGAGAAGAGUAAGCAUAGAGAGGGAGAGAAGGACAGAGACAGGUACCACAAAGACAGGGACCACGCUGAGAGAGCUAAGAGCAAGAGGUAA